AUGAACCAAGUUCGUCAUGUCACCCUAGGAUUGUUAGAUUUGCCCGUCGAAAUCCUCUUAGACAUGCUCGGUCAUCUAGAUGUGUACGAACUAGUACGAGCAUGUCAAGUAGCUCAGGUAUGCAACGAUAUUCGACACGUAAUCGACCCUUUCUCGGAGUUGUUAUAUUCGAUUGACCUCGAGUUUUUCAACGCGAUUCCGGUUCCUUCACCUGGCCCAGAUCGUACUGUCUCAUCACUUCGCAAGUCGCUUCGACAAAGCGAAUCCACAUGGCAGAAAGCUGAGUGCAUCAAAAGACAUCCCAUCUCCAUGCCGAAAAUGCCCCCUGGCACGUACCAAUGGUCUUGCGGCAUUCUGGCAUUCCCACUGCCAGGGGAAUCUCUACAGCAGAUAACGUUUUUCCAGCCGCAACCGGCAGACUCUGAUCAUGCCAAUAGCACGAGCUCAUGUCAAUGGGGCUGCCAAAUCGAUCGUGCAGUCUCACACUACACUACUUCACCCCUGCAGAACCUCCUGAUUGUCCUUGUCAGAGCACCCCUGGGGUCAUUAGGCUAUAAUAACGUACAUCAAGGGAGAGUCACGCCUAUGAUGUUAUUUUCAGAUCACUCAGAGGAUAAAGUCCAUCCUGAAGCUGCAUCCGCUGUGGUGAAAGCCCUCGACAACAAGAAAUAUUCACAAAGAAGAUGGUGGAGUGGCAGACUUUUUGCAAAUUUGAAACUGGAGGUCAAAGGACAUUUUUCAGUGCCUUGGGCCAGAUUGUACAACGACGGAUUUCAAUUUCCAAGCGAAAAACCUCCCGUUGCCAACACAAGGGAACUACUGCUGUAUUCCCUCGUUCAUUUCACCGAUGCUCCCCAUAUUACCGCCAAAUUUUUGCUCCCUGCCUUGCAGACAUCCUUUGAAUACAAAUUUGUCGGCUUCAACCCCAUUCCGUCUUACGCACGCACACAUAAUCAUAUCAUCGCCAUCAGUAUGGACAUUUCAGAGGAGUCCCUCACUACUUACGCGCCGGCGCCUCGCUUAGUUGUUCUAUCGAACUAG